UACAAUCCCCAGUUUGCCGACAGCAUGGAUCGAACAACUUAUCAAGUUUCUAUAUGUAUUGGUGCAGUGUCGGUAUUACUGACUCUGUUGGUCGUUUGUUUUAGAUUAAGGAAGAUGUUUCCAGUGUCGGUGAAUUGUUGGUUUUGUAAUAUGGAUUCCACUGUACAAUAUGGUGUGAAGAAUAGCUGGGACUGUUCUAAGUGUGACCAGUAUAAUGGAUUCAAUGAGGAUGGUGAUUACAACAAAGAGAUACCAGCUAUGUAUGACAGUUCUGUCAACAAUAUAGUAGGUUGUCAGCAGGCAGAAUUCCUUACAGCAAGUAAUAUGGGGCGACAGUUUUGUGUCAAAUGUCACGGGAAUAAUCAUCUUAAAGUCAAACUUUUGGCUGGAUUCAGUCCUUUAAAUUGGGAUGAUUAUGAUAAUGAAUUUAUGAUCCACAAAGAAAACAUUGAGCAAAGUUAUGGUACAUGUGUGAAUUGUCAAUUGAUGGUAGAUAGAGAAAUAGAGAAACAAGAUCAUUUGCUAUCAAGGAAAGUCAUGCAGUAUCAUCAACAAAAGGCGGCUGAAUAUAUGGAGAGGAAUAAUCAUAAAGAGGAAGAACAAGAAAAAAAUAUACCAAUUAUCCACGGAAAUCAGAGAUGUCUUACUUUCUACAUGAUCAAGAUGGUAUCUGUUUUGGCAUUACUUCUGAUGAUAGUUUUACAGAGUUAUCCUUCUUUGUUUGAUAAUAUUCCAAUAAAGCAAGUAAGUAGUUGGCUCCAAGAAAUAACAAGUGACUAUACAGAACUACUAAGUAAUAUAGAUAUACCACCUCUGACAUUCCUUGGCAGAAGUCUAAUGAACUGUACAGUGAUGCAACUAACCAUAGUCAUAGGAUGUAUAGCUGAUUUGAUAUCAAAAAGAAUUUUAAUGAAACAAAAGUAUAUAUUAGGGUUUGUUGAUCUGGGAUCAUUUGUUCUGUGGUUUGUAGCAUUCCUGUUUCAGUAUAUCUUUAGUGAGUGGUCAGAGAAAAAUGCAGAAUUGCUGAUGAGUGUUACAAAUCUAGUCUUCACUUUUUCUUCCAUGGUUGGUAAAUAUCCGAGACAACCCAUUCAACUUAAAAUAGCCAGAUAUCCGUUCAAAAGAAUGAAUAACAAACAACGUUUAGGACAUAUCAAACCUGAAAUUGAAACCUUUGCAAGAAUGAAUAACAAACAACUUGCAGGACAUAUCAUACCUGAAAUUGAAACCUUUGCUUUUGGAUCUCCAAUUAACAAGAUAAAAAAUGGAAGAACUGGUGGACUAUUUGAUUCAAAGUUUGUCAGUCAAAACACCAGUCCUAAGAUGACAUUGCUUUCAAAGAAAACAUCACAAAGACCAUUGAUAUCUCCAGCAAAAUUUCUGAAAAAAGAUUCAACAAGAAAAGUAAAUGAUAGUAGAGCUUCAGAAGGAGAGGAAUAGAAAGUAUAUGAUGUAUAACUUGUUGAUGUGUUGGAGGAAAGGUUAAGACAAGUGGCAAUAUCUAAAAUGACAACUCAGUGAAUAUGUGCAUGAAAUAUUUGUCACUGGACUUUUAUCAAACCACAAUCAUUAAAUGGCAUUGGAUUGAUUUGACUCUUAAUAUCAUAAAUUUGAACUGCAAUAGGAUGGUUCCCAAUCAAAGGCUUCAAUUAUAAUGCCAUGUUUAAUUAUUUAUUAAACAAAGACGAUAAAGUCAGGUCAUGCUUAAAAUUUUGGAAAUGCUAAAAAUAUUUUAAUUUAAAACUUGAGAUUGUUGAAAUUGUAAACAACAGUGACUUACAGACUAUCUCAUGUUUUUUCUUUGUUGUCUUGUUUAUAAUGCAGCAUUAC